AUGCUGCGGACUGCUCUCGCCGCCAAAGCCCGCGCCUACCGAGAGGGCAAAAUUGACAACAACACCCUCUGGGACAGGCUGAUCUUCAAUAAGGUGCGCAACAAUCUGGGCGGGCGGAUUCGUGUGGUGGCCACUGGAUCGGCGUCUAUCAACGCCAAGGUCGGCAAUGAUUUGCGCAGUGUCUUCGGCUGCAUUUUCCUCAAUGGCUACGGACAGACGGAGUGCAGUGGCACCUCAAUGUCAGCGCCCUUUGACAGGCACGCAGACAGCGUCGGACCACCGCUGGCGUGCACCACUAUCAAACUGGAAGACAUCCCAGAGAUGAACUACUACGCUUCGGAGGGCAAAGGUGAAAUUCUCGUAAAAGGACCAUUAACAACAAAGGGAUACUACAAAGACGCCGCGGAGACGGAAAAACUGUUUGACGAGGACGGCUGGCUGCACACCGGUGACGUGGGCGCCUGGACGGAGGAGGGCACCUUGCGCAUUCUCGACCGAAAGCGGAAUCACUUUAAGCUCAGCCAGGGAGAGUUUAUUCCUGUGGAGAAGCUGGAGACUUCGUACGCUCAGAGUCCUUUUGUGGCGCAGAUCUACGUGUACGGAGACAGCUCACGUUCUCACCUGGUUGCCGUUGUCGUUCCCGAAAAGGAGUUCCUUGGCGCGUGGUGUUUCAAAAACGGCAUCACCAUCAACUUUCAUGAUCAGUGCAAAGACUCGAGAGUUAAAAAGGUAAUUCUUGAGGAUUUGCGCAACAUUGCCAUUGCCGAAAGGUUCAACAAGCUCGAGUACGUCAAGAGAGUGUACCUGCACACCGAGCUACUGACUAUUGAGAGCGGUCUACUUACUCCUACCAUGAAGGCCAAACGAUUUGAAAUGCAAAGAUAUUUUGGAAAGAUUAUCGAAGAGCUGUACAAGCAAGAUUAA